GGGAAGACUGUUCAUCGCUGCUGUGGGGGCCGCCUUCUGAGGGCGCCGGGGCUAGGGGGCCGCUCUCGGGCUUCUUCGCGGCACGGGGGUCCGGCGAGCGGCGCGCGGAGGUCCAUUUCCCAGACGAGCACGGCGAGGCCCGGGCCACGAUGGACUUCCCCGGCUCCCUCCGCCCCACGUUGUUUAGGACCGGCCUCCUUGGUCUGAGCAAUGUCCCUGACAUGUCCUUCAUGUGCAGCUGGAGAGACGCACUGACCCUGCCAGAGUCCCUGCCCCAGAACUCUGAGAAUGGGGCGCCGCACAUGGCCAAAGGCCUGCUCUGGGAGCCGGAGACCCCUGGGCCCCUUCCCUUGCUGCCUCCUGGUCCCGAUCCCUGGCACCCGGGUCUGACUGCCCAGGACCUGCUUUUCCGGGGAGGUCACCCGUUCCGCAGACAGCCCCGAGUUGUGCUGGAUGUUACUGAACAGCUCAGCCGGUUCCUGUGGGACCAUGGGGACAUAGCCUUUGCACCCCUGGGGAAGCUGAUGCUGGAGAAUUUCAAACUGGAGGGAGCACGAAGCCGCUCUAAGAAGAAGACAGUGGUCAGUGUGAAGAGGCUACUCCAGGACCUCGGUGGACACCAGCCCUGGGGGCAAGUGGCUAAACUCCAACUCCACUACCUAAGAAGAAAAGGGACUUUAAGUUCAUGGACUACAGGCAUGGUUGCAUCCAGGUGUCCCUGGGCUUGCCUCAGCCACCGGCAGCGGCGGUUCUCCAUCCUCGGGGGCCCGAUCCUGGGCAAGUCAGUGGCGAACCUCCUGGGGGAGCUGCUGUACGAGGAGCUGGUGAUGCGGUGGCAGCAGCUGCUCCUGGACGAUGCUUUCACUGGGGGCGCGUUGGCCUGGGUGCCUGGAAGGACGCCCCGGGUGGGGCAGCUGGUCUACCCUGCGGGAGGCACCCUGGACAAGCUGUAUUUCCAAGAGGUCAGUCUGACCCCAGCUGGUGACCCCUGGGUCCUCGGGGACCCUGGCCACAUCCGGCUCCGAGGACCUGUCCGGCAAGUGGUGACCCGCACUGUGCAGGGAGAAUCUCUGCUAGCCGUCCGCUCUGACUACCACUGUGCCCUGUGGAAGGUCAGUAAGCAGGGGCGGCCGGCCCCUCUCCAGGUGCUGCAGGUCGAGAAGGGGGCCACAGGGAUCAGCCUCAGCCCUCACCUGCCCAGGGAGCUGGCCGUCUGCAGCCGUUCGGGAGCCAUCUGUCUGUGGACCCCCCAGGAUGGGCUGCGGCGAGUCUACAAGGACCCUGAGACCCUUGUGUUCCGGGACCCCUCUCCCUGGCGCUGGGCAGACUUCACUGCCCACCCUCGGGUGCUGACUGUGGGUGACCGCACUGGAGUGAAAAUUAUCGACACUCAGGGCCCGCCGGGCUGCGGUCUGCUGCUUUUUCGUGGAGGGGCGGAGGCAUCAUGCCAGAAAGGGGAACGUGUCCUGCUGACCCAGUACCUGGGAGAGGGCAGCCCCGAGUCUCUGCAUUCCACGCUCCAUCUCAUCUGUACCCAGUUCUCGCUCUACCUGGUGGAUGAGCGCCUCCCCUUGGUGCCGAUGCUGAAAUGGAACCACGGCCUUCCGUCUGCUCCCCUUCUGGCCCGGCUGCUGCCUCCACCCUGCCCCGGUUGCCCGCGGCCGCUGCUCCUGGGAGGCCAGGGCGGGCAGCUGCAACUGCUGCACAUCACAGGAGAGGAGGCCUCCACACCCCGGCUGGCAGGGCCCCCCCAGUCUCUCCCUUCCAGGAGCGAUUCCCUCUCUGCAUUCCCCCUGCUGGAGCCCAAGAGUCAGUGGCGGCUGCAAGAGCGUCUGAAAGCGCCAACCAUAGGUCUGGCUGCCGCCAUCCAGCCCUGUGCCUCCAAGCCAGUUCUGUCGCUCUUCCAACUCUCGGCGGCUGGAGAUGUCUUCCACCAGUGCCUCCACCUCCAGGCAGACCCUGGGCCCCCCGGUGACCCUGGCCCCGACUCCUGUGCCCCCACAGCUUCCUGGACCCCCCAGGCCACUGCCUGCUGCAGCCGGUGGCUUAAGGCCUUGCUGGAGGUGCCCCCCGCUCCCCCUGUGUGGGCUGCACCCACCUUUUCCCACCGCCAUCUGCUGGCCUGUGUGGAGCAGAGAAAGGUUGAGGGGAAAGUUCCAGAGGGUCUCCGGGCAGCCAUGGCCCAAGGGCGGCUCCUGCAGCAGAGGGACCUGGUCUCGCUCCCCACGGCAGAGCCGCCCCCCGCCCCCGAGCCAGGCCCUGAGGACGAGCUCAGUGAGCGCCUGGAGGCAGCCUGGGAAGGCCGGGCGGCUGCCUGGUGGGAGAGGCAGCAGGGCAGGAGCUCGGGGCCCGGGAAACAGCCCAAGCGGCACAAGCGCCGUACACAGCUGUCCAGCACCUUCUCCUCGCUCAGCGGCCGCCUGGAGCUCUCGGACGCCACCAGCCCUCCUCACAGCCCAGACUCUGAGGCCAGGCCUCGGCCUCCGGUGACCCCGCCCUCCCAGGAGCUGACCCAGGAGCACUGGGCCCAGGGUGUCCCCUCCGAGCGGCAGCAGACCCUCCGGGACUAUAUGGCCAAGCUGCCACUCCGAGAGGACGCCCCAGGAGGUGCCUCUGUGCCCCCCUCCCAGACCUCCAGCCUCCGGGCCACCCCCUCCAGGCAGCGGACCCUCCGGGACUGCGCUGCCAAGCUGCCACUCCAAAGGGACACCCCGGAAGGUGCCUCUGUGCCCUCUUCCCAGACCUCCAGCCUCCGGGCCACUCCCUCCAGGCAGCAGACGCCCAUCCUCUCUGGCUCUCAGCCGCACCGAAAGAAACCCCGCAUGGGCUUCUGAGGGCCCAGGGAAGCUGCUCCUCCUCCUCUGGGGAGCCCUUCGUCCUGCACCAGCUGUGCCUUCUGUGACUGAAACUUAGGACAUAAAAAGAGAACAGUCUCCAGGGUGCAGAUCUUUCUACUGUGUGAAGGCCGUCGUGCCUGUGAGGGACAUCCAGAAACGACGUGGAGCUGAUUCAGAGGACCAGGGACAACAGUGUGACCGUUGCUCUCGUUGUUUGUACUUUUGCCUGAAGAUGCUUCCAAAGGGAUGUUGCAAAGGCCCUAGCAGUCCUGUCCUCAAGGCCAGUGUUGUGGGUUCCCUGCAGGGAACUGCAGGGUGGUGCUUGAAAGCAGGGGCUCACUGCACACUAGUCGGGCCUCUGUCCCCCGGUGACGUCAGGGUGACAGUGCUAGCUCCUCGCCGUGGCCGGGGACGUAUAACGAGACACCGAAGAGCUGCUGGUCCCGGCGCUCGGGGGGUGUCAGUAGCUGCUAGUGGUUGGUCUGUGUGUGUUAAGCAGUGUCUACUGUGAUCUAAUGUUUUGUAGAGGGAGACGCUGUGGACCCACAUUCAGGGACUAAAUAAACUUGUCAGCUGAG